AUGGUGGACCCGAAGUCGUUAGCACUCAUCAUACCUGUUGAUCAGAAUCCAAAGAUUAUAUCCAGAGAGCGUUUUGUCUCGUUACUCGAGUAUUGUGAGGAGGAGCUCGGUGUCGAGCGCGUUCUCGCCGUGUUCAAGAGACCAGAACUGUCGAUGUCGGAAGGAUUCCCGCGCACUCUUCGGUAUGUUGGUUUCCGCGUUCUUCCGCCUGAUGCCGUUCCUGCACCAUUUUCAAGUGACAACUUUUUCGUAAUGAGCUAUAAUGUUUAA